GGAGAAAGUGUCUUUGCAAGCAACAAUACAGUGGACUACUUUAAAAAGCUGGCCUGAAACAGAGCUCCAAAACAUAAACAACUGCUACUCCUUCUUAACUGUAGGGGGCGUUAUGCUUAUAGAUUGUGUAGAUGAGGGUGUGCAUCAGGUGUCAUGGGGGAGGGGGGACACUUGAUGAUAUCUAAGGUGACCUGGAUCCCCCUGCUUCGCUGACGGUUCCAUCUACACCGUCACCACUCGCCAUGCAUUCUGAGUAACGGACUCAGGGUUUUAUUUUUGGACUGCUAUGGAGCCUGUGCCUUCCAUUUGAAGGAAGGGGAAUAGUUGAACUCAACAUGAGUCUACCGUUCUGACAGUCCAAGCUGGGACAAGCAGGCAGCCACCGGACACCCCUGAACAGCAGACAAACAGGGGACCUUGUCUGAAGUGUCUUCGAUGGUCUUCUGUUACAAUCAUCUCUUGGGGCUGAAGAUUUAAUGGCUGUCAAUAUCGGCAAUGCAGCUCAGGCAGGCCUGCUUUCCCAGCAGUACCCCCCACCUUUGUUUCCCAAACCUGGGAAAGAAAAUGUCCGGCUCCAGAAACUACUCAAGAAGACAGCAAAGAAAAAAGCUGCAGCCCAGGCCUCCCAACCCUCGGUCCCCUUCCGCUCAAGCCUCUCUCCAGUAAAUGAAGCGAGCCCUGACCUGGAGCACAGUGAUCACUCAACACCUCCCAAGACUCCAGAGACACCUUUCUACAUUGGCACAGUACACCCACGCUUCAACGUCCGACCACUGUAUCAGCAUGUAUCGUCUCCUUAUCCUCAUCACAGAGGAUUCACUUAUGGCAAGACGGCAAGGUUUUCACCACAACCAUAUGCAGCUCCCCAACACCUGUCUCCAGCAUUUACAUACACAGCCUCACCAUUUCCAGGACUUGACACACAUGCUACUACAUCAGUCACUAUUCUACAAACCUCACAAAGAUUGGAAGUCAGCUCAGAUCUUACCACUCAUGUAACCUCUAAAUCUCCAAGCCCUCAGCCAACCAUUCUGAAUGUCUCUAGAACAGCCAAACCGUUGUUUGAAGUUCCUCAAAUCACCAAUUACACAUCAAAAUCAGUAGGUUUGAGAACACCACAUGCAUCACCAACAAGGAGUAAAACACCUACUGCAGAUUUAUUGAGAGCCCCGACACCAACAUUUGAGGUUAGAAGGAUAGUUACACCAACAUCUGAAAUAAGAAGAGACAGAACACCAACCAGAGAGAUCACAAGGGUUACAACAACGACAUCUGAAGUCAAGAGGAUUACAACCCCAACUUCAGAAAUUAAGAAAAGCCCAACUCCAACUUCUGAAAUCAAGAAAGAGACAAUUCCAUCUUCUGAAAUAAAAAGGGUCAGUACUCCAGUUUUAGAGACUAAGAAAAAUGCAAUGCUGACACCUGAGACAAAACGGGGUACAACUCCAACACUUGAGACGAAGGGGGUUACAAUAUCAACAAGAGUAAAAACACCAACAUAUGACUUCACUUCAAUAAAAACACAUUCAGGGCGUCCCAAGACACCCUCAGAUCAUGUGUCACGUGUAAGAGUAUCUGUGAUUGAGAUUUCAAGACCAAAUCCACUUUUAUUUGCUGUAUCUCCUGUGCACAUGGAGGGCAGAAGAUCCAAAACGCCAACCUCAAGUUUGACUGGUCCACAAGAUGAAAUGCAGAAAAUUUCAAAUCAUGUGAAUUAUACUAGUCAUUCAAAACUAUUAGAAAAUGGGGAAAUAGAUGUCAAAUCAACUGAACCCUUACAAGAAAAGCUGGAUAAGGCCACAGAAAACCUGUCAAAACUUGAGUCAUCAAAGCCAAAGACCCAAAUACCCAAGGAGAGCUCAAACCUUAAUGCAAAUGAGCAGCCAAAGUCUGAAACUCCAACAACAGCCAAGAUUGAACCUGCGCAGCCUGGUUUAUCUUCAGUUGGGUAUCAGAAACCUUUAUCUAGGGUCCCUCCAUUUGCAGGUCAAAGACCCAAAACACCAACAGCACCUAAAUCCAAACCAACAUAUUAUGGAUUGACCCCCACUGAAUAUGUUGCCCAUGGAGGAAUAAAGAGUUACACGCCCAGUUUUAGCAUUUCUAGAUCAACUGCACUGCCAAGUGUAAAGGCGACUCAUCUUAAAAAACACGAACCAAUAAUACCUCAAUCUGAUGAAAUUGUGAUCGUAACAAAUGACAAGUCUGAGGUAAAGCCUAACGAGCAGGUAGAAGUCCAGCCACCUCAGGCUGGUGUUGUUAAAGAGGAGACCGCUGUAGUGGCUCCACCUCCAGAGGUUCCAAAGGCAGCAUCUGAGCCAGAAUCAAACUCUGUAAGGGACAUUCCCAAGCCAACUGUGCCAGAAUUAAAACCAAAAAUUCCUGAUGUUAAAAUUCCAACUAUUGUGGUAUCUGCAGCUGAUACACCACCAUCAGAAGCAAAAGUAGAACCAAUAAGUACUGUGACACCAAGAGUCAGAACUCCAACCUAUGGAUCUCCCAGACUUUCCCAAAUGAUACCAACCCCUCCAACUGUGAAGGAAACUCCUAAAACUGAAAGUAAGGCUGUGCCGUUAUCUGACCAAGAUGUGGGAAAGCCAGCACUUCCAAAGGUGUCAGAAGGUAAAGAUAAUGCCAAAACAACUAAAGUACCAGAGAAGCCAACAGAGGCGAAAAUGUCUUUGUUAGAGAGAAUUAAGAAGCAGAAGCUUGAAGCCACUUCCUCUGAAAAAACUCCUGAUAAAGGAGAGGUUAAGGAUGUGGUUAAGCCACUGGAAGAAGACCAAAAGGACCUUAAAACAAAGGAUACUGAACCUGAAAAGGUUGACAGCGUGAAGGCAAAAUCUAGUCCCCAACAGGAGAUCAAGCCUGCAGUGGAAAAGAAAGAGGAGGGUGAGGAAGGCUCCUCCCUAACUGCAGAGCCUCUCUUGAAAGUGAUGCAGAAACCAAAAGGCAUGAAGUCAAAACUCAGUGGCUGGUCUCGCCUUAAGAAACACAUGGUGGUUGAAGCAGAGGAGCCUAAGUUUCCAGAGGCAGAGUCUUCAUCAAAGAAAGACAUCCCUGCCAGCACUGAUCAAAAUGUAAGUGAAAUGCAAAAUAAGUCUGAAGCCGAAGCUAAGUCUAGUGAAAGCCAGGAUAGUAAAGAUGCCCCAAGGGCAGCAAAAAUGUGGGAUGCUGUCCUCUUCCAAAUGUUCUCCACCAAAGAGAAUAUAAUGCAACAAAUUGAAGCCAAUAAAACUGAAGAGCAAAAGAAGAUGGAGGCAGAACAGAAAAAGACAGAAGAGAUUCCCACAUUUGCGCAUCGUUUGCCAAUUCUCCUGUACAGCCCGCGGUUUGAUGCCAGACGACUAAAAGAGGCAGCUUCACGACCAGUGACAAAGAUUGCAACAGUUUUUGAAAUGGGACUCAUAGGCCGCAAAAAUAAAGAUGAAGAGCAAAAAGACUUUAAUAGAACAGCCAAAGGCUUCAGUAUUUCUUAAACCACUGACGUCUUACUAAAUAACAUAAAUAACGGGCAAGGAUAUUGUAAGCUUUCAUUGCGAUGGUAGAGUCUCGUUUAUUAUCCAGUCCAAUUCUUUACAUAUACUUUUAUAACUUUAUAACAGGUGAAUCAGCAAGUAAACUAAAAAAACAACAACAACAAAAAAAUGUCAAAUGCACAGUAUCUUAUUUGCAGUAGGUAUUACCAACUUGUCAACUGGCAUUAGCCGUUUAAGCUAAUUAGAAUAUUGAAUAAAGAAAAAAAAUCAUAUCGUUUUG